AUGCUGUUCCGGCUGGGCGGUAGGUGGCUGCGGCCGCUGUCCGUCCUGCAGCUGGGGACCCGGGACCCGCCGCUGGUGCCGGCCUCAGCGGGCGGCAUUAAACACUCUGCUCCGCCGGUGUGGGCGGUGGCGUCCGUCUCUGCAGUUGACUCUGGCGGCCCUGGCAGCUGGUACGAGGCCCUAGCCACGUCGGCGCCGGUGCAGGGCACGGAGGAGGUGCUGCUCGGCAUGCACUCCGCCACAGGUCUGCCCUGGUGGGCCUGCAUCGGUCUCACCACGGUGGCCCUCCGUGGCGCUGUCACGCUACCCCUGGCCGCCUACCAACACUACAUCCUGGCCAAGGUGGAAAAUUUACAGCCAGAAAUAAAAAGCAUUGCAAGGCAUCUUAACCAAGAAGUUGCGGUUCGUGCAAAUCAGUUGAGGUGGUCCAAAAGAGUUGCCAGGCUCACUUACCUAAAGAAUAUGCGAAGGCUUGUUUCCGAGCUGUAUGUUCGGGAUAACUGCCACCCGUUCAAAGCCACUGUAUUGGUCUGGAUUCAGUUUCCAAUGUGGAUCUUCAUGUCUGUUGCUCUCCGGAAUUUUAGCACAGGGGCCACACAUUCAGAAGCAGGUUUUUCCGUUCAGGAACAGUUAGCUACGGAUGGAAUCCUGUGGUUUCCUGAUCUCACUGCACUGGAUUCUACUUGGAUUCUGCCUAUUUCCGUUGGUAUCAUCAAUUUAUUAAUAGUGGAGAUUUUUGCUCUGCAAAAAAUAGGAACGUCUCGUUUUCAGACAUACGUCAUGUACUUCGUUCGUGCGGUAUCGUUGUUGAUGAUUCCAGUCGCCGCGACGGUGCCUUCGUCAAUCGUGCUCUACUGGCUCUGCUCCAGCCUCAUGGGCCUCUCACAGAAUUUGUUGCUGCGCUCUCCCAGGUUUCGUCGCCUUUGCCGGAUACCACUGACCAAGUCGGAUUCAGACAGCCCUUAUAAGGACCUCUUUGCUGCCUUUUACGCCAAGUUCAUUUCAAGAAAAUGACGUGCUUUCCAUUAAUUUUGAAACAAUUGCAAGUGUCACUAUCACAAUAUAUUUACGUUUACAAAUUCAGAUGUGAUUUAAAAAAAAAAUUUUUAAUUUGUCUUUAUUUAAAACCGUGAAUUGUGUGAAGUACUGUGGGUUAAGAUAUAAUCCAAAUAUAUUUGACAAUACCGAAAAUCCUUUAAAUGCUAGAAAUGUAUGUUUGGUUGUAUCCUAAAAAUAUAAAAGUAAAAUCAAAGUACCUUAUAAAAUUAUAACUUGCUAGAGGGGCCAAAACUUUGGAAGACCGGAUUAGAUACUGAAUGAUGUCCGAUUACACUAACUAAUCUCAUACAUUAAAGCUUUUAUAAUGAAAAUACAGUGAGGUGAUUCUUAAAAUUUUGGAGGUGUGGAGGAUCACAGACCCAUUUGCUCAUCUGCUAAGGCUAUGGUUUUCUUUACAGAAAAAUCCUGGGACUCAGCACACGAGGCCUUCAUUGAUGAGCCUCUCUUCCCCCGCCCUGAGGCUUUCUGGUAAUUCCUGGUUGAGAAAUCUUACUUUUACUCUAAUGGAACACACAAUGAUGAAGAGUUAAUGUGUGACUUCUAAAAAAAAUAGACUUGAGAUUCAUGCAAUAGAGUAGUCCUUAUAAGAAAGUACCUAAUAUGGUAGGUAAUGUUGCCUUUCAACCCUGCUCUGAAAGAAUGUAAGAAGGGUACAUUCCUUUUUCUAUAUCUAAGAAGAGUGUACUAGAGUAUAGCACUAAGUACUGCCAGAGCCCAAAGUAGAAAAUCUUAAAUGUUAAGUUUGUUUAGUCAAAGGAAGAAAACCUGAAGUUCAGCCAUCUGUCAUGGAGGUGAUUUUAUAAACUUUAUUUGGAGGGUUUGAGAAUUCUAAUGGGCUUAGACUAUGGUAGAUGGAAAAAUUAAUAGGUAAUAUAAAUUGUGGAUCCAGUUUUUUGCUUGUUUGAUCUGAAAGGAUGGUAAAACUAACUGUGGUUGGGAUAUUUAUGAAUAAAUUUAACAGGCAUCUGAAAAGAUUAUAAAUUACAAGUUGUCAUUGAGUUGGAAUAUGAACCUCAUUUUGAGAGGCCCUGUAUCCCAUCUCAUGUUUAACAAUAAAACAAAAACUAAAGCGGAAUUAAUCAUUUUUAAUGUCUUUUAGUGUUUUAAAGUCAUUUAAUAAUGUCUGUUAAAUCUUAGCUGUUUUGGUUGUCACCUCACCGAAAAUUUAGAGGUAGCACUUGGGACCUGGUUCUCGUUUCCUGACUUCCCAGUCCUAGUCGUGACUGCCCUAUUGAGGUAACUGUCUUUCUAAUCACAGUGCAGGCAUUGAAACCUGCGCACUGUCAAUCCUCAUGAUUUGCAGACUUUGUAUUUGCCGGUUUGCCUGCACACUAAAAUUUAUGCGUACGCCCCAAAUCAAUAUAGUGCUUUUGAUGUUAUUCUUGGACAAACAUAGAGCGGCAAAAAACUUGAGUCAUUCAAAGUACAUGUUCCCAGAUAGGUCAACCAGGGCAACACUGUGUCUUCUUGUUUCAGCUCUCAGACUGUAUAAUAACCAAGUGUCCUUUUCAUGGUCUAGUGCCAUGUUUUUUCUCAUUCUUUUGCUUUUUGUUGGUGAUUUCACUAUUUAAAAUGGCCUCCAACCGUUGUCAUCUGAAGUGCUGUCUAGUUUUCCUAGGCACAGGAAUCCUGUGAUGUUCCUUAAGGAGAAAGUAAUACCUACAUUAAAUAAACUUCAUUCAGGCACGAAUUAUGAUGCUGUUGGCCAUGAGUUUACCAUUAAUGAAUCAACAAUAUUUUAUAUUGUUGGGUUGUUGAAGAUUUGACAAGAGGCUCAUAGGAAUGUAACCCUGUAAAUUCUCUGGGAGCAGUGGUUUAGUGUUGAUGAAUUCAGUGUUUGUGGUAAUUUUAUAGAAUAUAACUACCUCAGAUAACAAGAAUUGACCUUUUGGAACAUGUACAAUCAAGGAAGCAGAGGCAGAAAUAUCUGUGCUCAUUGUAUUAUAGCAAAAAGAGAAAAGAUAAUUUGAGAAAAAUUUUGGCUAUCUCUGGAACAAGUUGAGUCUCGCCAUGUGUAUCAUCGGGUACUGAUUCAUAUUUUUCUCUCAUAGUGAGAUGGAGGAAAUCAGCUCUCUUCCCCCAUCUUACUCAGACUUUCUGAAAAUAAGUUUGUCGCUUUCUGAAAGUAAGAAAUAAAGGACUGCUGUGACUGCCUUUUCCAGUA